AUGGAGGGACGCGAGUCGCAGUUAAGCGACAGCUUCGCUAUCAUAGAAGAUGCCGACGAGACUGUGACGUCGGCGCCGUGGGUGUCUGUUGUAGACGGCGCCGACAGUGUCCGCCUGUCCAACUCGAGCAGCUGCACAACCGACACAAGUGUGCUCUCCUUGUCGAUGCCCUCGAUGAGUCGGGUGAUGUGCGCACGCAGGCCCUCGACGCUUCCCGGCGGCGACAUGAGGAGCGCGUCGAACUCAAGCAGUGAGACAUCUGACGUGCUGCUCGCCCGCUCCGGCGAACGCGCCGUGGUUGCCUGCAUGUAUGUGUGUAUAAAGCAAAAUAACAAUGAUAAUAAAAAAGAUAAUCCGUAA